AUGAAAUACAGAGUUCCCGUGGUUCAUCAGGCUCUCGCUCGGUGGGACACAAAACGUCUCUAUAAUUUCUUUGAUUAUGUUUUGUCUGGCGAUAAAUUUAUAGAACUCUCAGAAAAAUACACAGUAACCAUUGCUACUCAUAGUUCUCCAGAGAAGUUACAUUCUCUUGUGGAGGUGUCACAACAUUGGACUGGCCCAAUAUCAGUGUCUGUCUUCACAUUGGCUGAAGAAUUCUUAGUAACUGAAUUAUAUAUCGCAUAUCUGAGACAAUGUUUUCAUCAAGUAAGAGAUCAAAUAAGCUUCCAUUUAGUAUAUCCACACGAUUAUCCACCGAUUAAUUAUAUUAAUUCUACAUUUAAUUAUAACUACAGUUGCGAAAACCCUGAAUCUGUACUUUCGGAGUUAAUGAAACACAGGAAUUCGAGAAUUAUAGAAUUGAAAAAUAAGAUGUUAUACCCACAGAACCACUUGAGAAACCACGCACGGAGGAACUGUAAGACCGAGUAUAUUUUCCUUACUGAUGUAGAUAUAAUUCCUAGCACUGGGAUGGCUGAAGUUCUGGAUGAGUUUCUUAGAAAAUCAAAGUGUGAGAAAUUGUGUGCUUACGUCAUACCAGUUUACGAAAUGAGCGAAAAUGUUAGUUUCCCACAGAAUAAAUCUGAAAUGAUAAAAUUGGCAAAUAAUGGCUUGGCAAGACCAUUCCAUCAGAAAAUAUAUGCAGAUGGUCAUUUUUCAACAAAUUAUAGCAGGUGA